AUGGCGCUCGUCCCGGACGCCAUAAGUCCGGGUGGCAGACAUUGGAAGAAGUCUCGCGCUGGCCUUGGUCUCUGCUUUGCACCCGAUCUUGGCCUGCCAGAUACAGUCUCCUCUCAACCGAACAACUCGCGGUCACCAACAAGUAUGAUGCCGGCUCAUCGACAGAGAUCCGCUGAUGGUAUGACAGUUGCAGAACGAAUGGCCGCCUAUGCUCUCUCUCUUUCCACUCCAACUAGCCUCACCAACCUCACAGCCAGCUCCGGUAACACGGCGUCGAUCCUCUCCUCCUGCUUCUCCUCCUGCUCCACAGGUCCUCCCUCUUCGUCUUCUUCGACCUCAUCCUCUUCGCCGUCCGAAGACAUGGGCAUUCCAGGCGUGAACAAUGAAGACAUUGCUUCCCGUCCAGACGAGAUGCCGACAGCGCGUUUGGAAGAAGGUGCCGAUGUUGAAGUUGGCCCGGAGACCUACCACAACUCCAGGCCUCCCAACGGACGAUCAACAAGUACCAGGUUCGUCAACGCCUCCACGGCCUACUCGUCCAGCCGGUUGUUGCACAACAGUUUGGCCUAUACCGACAAAGAAGGCUUGCAGAGCCAGGUCGAACUGGCUGAAUGGCCAGCAACAACUGUUUCUCGGGCUUUCACGUCAGGCCGGACAGAUCUGUCACAAUCCAGUCUGGCCAACAUGCCAAUCCCACUGCCGUUGCCACUAUCGCUCUCACUACCACUGCCAGCAUCAAUGGCAAACCCAUUGGUACCAUCGCCUUUGGCUGAGCGCACAGCCCUCAGACAACCCGGCAUAGGGUCACCAAACCUCCUUGCCAGCAGUGACACCACGGCCACAUGUCCCCCAUCCCUUAAAUCCUUUUUGGGCAUCGCAAAACAGAAAAGUCCCCCAAGUCUUGCACCACCUUCCCGCGGUCUCACAUUACCCCAGUCCUCCCCACCCAGAGAGCCAGCCAGCUCUGCUCAUGCUGACCACGAUUUCACCAAUUCACCUUCACUCUCUUGCAACAAAUGUCCCCAAGCCAAUCCUUCCAGUUCAAUAGCCAACGUCAUCACCAACACCAGCACAAAUGCCAACUGUACCAACACAACCAAUGCUUCAAUGGCCGGCUUUCUGAGUGGUCACUGCAGCCUCUUCACAAACGCCGCUCACUGGUCGAGUUGCUUUACUUCGGGUCUCUCUUCCUUUCUUGCCGGCAUGUCAAGAGAACGUACUUCCCUGUCCUUCCCACCCACCAAGCCGAAUGUUCAUGAUCCGGCUGCCUCCGGCUCCGAAACCACCUCUUCCUCCUCCUCGUAUUUGGCAGCCUCUCCGUCCCUGGCGAUGGCUGCGGCUGCCGCCUUUGCCUCCUACCAUCACCAUAAUCAGCAACAACAACAUCAACAACAACAACAACAACAAUAUCACGACCAAAAGCAUAAAUCCCAGCCCGAAAACUGUGCCAACUUGCCACAGUCUAAAGUUCCUUCUCUCCGGGCAACAGAUGUCGUCAGCCAGAAAAGUCCUACGUCUCCACCGAAUGCAGGCUCCUGUAAACAGGCCCCUCCCGCCUCUCCCACCCUCAAUGGGCAUUCUAGCCCUCGGCGUCAGCACUCCGCGUCCAGCGGCUCCAACACCUUUCCUUCCAGCCUCCAAGAUGCCGGCCUCCCUCUGCACUACGCCUUACCGCCGGCUUCACUACGAGGCGUCUUUCCCACUUCCUCUACUCUAGCCCACUUGACAACUCCUCCAUCUUGUAUUUCCUCGUCGUCGUCGUCGUCUUCGUCUUCCUCCUGUUCGUCUUCUUCUUCUUCCUCAUCCACCCCUUCUUUAUUCCCCUCCCUUUCCGGCUCGGCUGGUACGGCGACGUCUAUUUCGAACCCUCUUGAAAAGUUUCCCACUUCUGCCGGGCUCUCUGUGCCCUCGUUUUCCAGUUUGCCAGCCCCACCCGGCUUGCCACCUCGGGGGCCCUCUGCUCGACCUACAGGACAUCACAUCGCCCGAAGACCACGACUCAGCGGCGCCUCCUUGGCCCUUGGUACCGGCAUGUCUCCAUACACCAAGACGAAUCUGGCUUAUGCCGCGCGACAGUUACAUUAUCCCUAUCCUCAUCCAGCCGCCUAUACCACACCAACUGGUGCCUACCUCAUGUCGACAUAUCCUCCGUCACACACGGUGUCGCCCUAUGCUGGAAACCCGAUCACACGAUCCGAAGGCCAGUCAGACGAGACAGGCAUUCUGGCGCUAACCACCCACCGACCGAUGCCGGCUCACAGAACCGGUUCCGCAUCAUCAGGGGGCGGCCAACUUGGACCGGGCUUUGGGCCGGGCGGAAGGGGCGGAAGAGCCAAUCCGGCGAGCGGGUCAGGCUUGAAUGGACAAACGACAGGAUCUGGACCGACCAACGGAGCCUACAAGUAUCUGACCUGGCGGGAAAAGGACAGACGGCGACGAUUUCGUGAGGAAUGGAAGCAUCUCUGGCUGGUGAUACCACAUGGCAGAUACGAGUGUUCGCCUGCAUCCCUUUUUAAAGCACCGAUGGGUUAG